AUGUUUCAUGUUCCUAAAGUGUUAAAGACUAUUAUAUGUUUACCACUUAAAUAUAACGUACGCAAUAAACCAUAUCCGGCCAUAUUUCAUAACUAUCUUAAAAAUAUACCAACAACUGAAGUUUCGGUACUAACCAAUGGGCUUACUAUUGCAACUGAACAAAGGGAAUGCCGCAAUACAUGCGUUGGAAUGUACAUAAAUGGAGGUUCUAGAUACGAAAGUCAUUUUGAGAAUGGCAUUACCCAUUUCUUCGAACAUAUUGCUUUCAAAGGUACCAACGCUCGAGCAAAAACUGUCCUAGAGGACCAAAUGUCUUCUACGGGGGCCCAGUUUCACUGUUUCACUGGUAGGGAAAUGGUUGCCUACUAUGCUGAAUGUCUAUGUGAAGAUGUUUCUCUUGUUAUCGACAUACUAGCUGAUUGCGUCUUCAAUAACUCCUACUGUCCGACCGAUAUCGAUCAACAAAAGUGCACUGUGUAUUUAGAAAUGAUCGAACAUGAUAAAAACCAUAACGACCUUUUAGCAGAUUAUCUUCACAGCACUGCUUUUCAAGGUACGCCACUAGCUCAAUCAGUCAUGGGAGUAAGUAGCAAUCUCUAUAAUUUUAAUCAUGGCACCAUUUGCCGAUAUUUAAAUAAAGUUUUUGAUCCCACCAGAACCGUACUAAUCAGUGUUGGUGGUACGAAACACGAACAAAUAGUUUGUUUGGCUGAAUCUUAUUUAAGCAAACUCGAACCAACAAAAUGUAUCGACACCGGAGAAUACAGAUUUACAGGGUCUGAAGUGAGGUACAGAGAUGAUUCGAUGCCUAGAGCCAACGUAGCGGUAGCUGUAGAGGGGCCAAGUUUCUGCGAUCCUGACAAUGUAGUGAUGGAGGUGGCUUCCUACGUAGUAGGCGGUUGGGACAAGUCGCAACCACAUGGUAUUAAACUCUCCUCACCUGUAGCUCGAGCAUCAUCGUUAGGACAUUUCUGUGAUUCCUAUAAAUCAUUUAAUAUUAACUACAGAGAUACAGGUCUUUGGGGAGCUCAAUUUAUUGCGUCAACCUUACAAUUGGAAGACAUCCUGUACACGAUUCAAAGUGAGUGGAUGAGACUAUGCACAACAGUAACCGAUUCAGAAGUAGAGAGAGCGAAGAGAGAGCUUAAAACUAAAUUAUUAUCAAAAACCGAAAGUUGCAAAGGUACAUUUCACGAGAUCGGCCGGUGGAUGCUCAACUACGGAGAGCGUCCUUCUUUACACGACCGUAUCAGUUCUAUUGAUAAAGUAUUCUCGAAAGAUGUCAAAGAAGUUUGCAACAGAUAUAUUUACGAUAAAUGUCCUGCUGUAGCGGCAGUAGGUGCCACAGAGGGAUUACCGGACUACACAAGAAUACGAGCUGGCAUGUAUUGGCUAAGGACUUAAAUUCUGCAAUGUUUUAUUUAUUAAUUAAAUUAUAUGGCUCAAGAACUCAGUAUUUAUAGCAUUAAACUCUAAACUGGCCAUUACACCCACCCUGAGUACCUGUACAGUACCACCCAGUAUAUAUAGUAUUAUUAAUAUAAAAUCUCAUACAUAAAUGAACAUAUUUACAAGUGUUAUGUAUAUGUACUUAUUAUUAGGUUGUCACGUCCCACGAACAAACGAAUGCUUGAAUUUAUCUUCGUCCAAGCAUAUAUAGCCCUUUUAUUUCGUAAACUAACCAACAACUUUUUUCGUCAUUGUACGUUUAGCAAAUAUUGUUUUUUUUUUUGUAAUACUUAUUAAUUUGACACAUAACGUCGUUAACUUCCUUCGCUAAUUCUUCUUAUCAGCCAAAACACAUCGUGAACAAAUGAUAGAAAAAUAAAUAUGGACGAUUUAAAAGCGCUUCCAACAAAUUGUUUAUUGCUUAUUGCUCGAAUUAAAUUCUAAAUGUACGUAAUUUGUAAAAGCGCCACUUGCCACCGGAAAGGAAAUUGCCAGUACCUAGGAAUAGCAUACUUCAGCCAAAAGUCAAUAAUAAUAAAAUUUUACUACAUAUUUAGUGCUCUAUAUGAAUUCGGUUUGCAGAAACCCAUCAAUAUGAUUAAUGUUAGUUAUUCUUACAUAUUUUUGACAAAAUUCGCAAUGCAAAGUAAAUAGUACAGCCGCUUUGAAAGAGGGAAUCUGAGUAGACAACAUAACGUCGCUUAGCAAAUUUUAUUUAAAAAAAUCGCAAUGCAGUCUCCCACAUAAUUUAGUUAAUGAUUUGAUUAUUCGCAGCGUUAAGCCAAUAUUCAAAUAACAAGAACAACAAUUUCCAACAUUACUAAUAAAUAAUCCAUAGAAAUAUCAAGUUUUAUUGUUAAGGAGUAAAUAAAACAACACGCAUACAAAAUUAUAAUUUAUUAUUGUAAUUCUAAUAUAAAGUAUAAUAGAUUUUGAGUAUAAAUCGAGGGCACAUAGCAAAUUCAAGAUACAGUUCAUCGUAUAUAUACGUAUAUAAUAUAAAAAAAUAAACCACAUUACCACAUUCAUAUGACAAAAUAUACAGACAGGUGAUAAAGAAUAUAUCGAAGCAAAGUUCUAAAUAAAAAGUAAACUGUAUACAAAAGCAGUCCGUGUCAUAAAAAAAAGUUCGGUCUUGACAUAAAUGAAGUAAAAAGGACACGAACCACUUCUUGAAAAAAUAAAGACAAUAAACAGUCUAACUAAAAACCUACCAAUCUAAGGUUUGUAUAAUGAGACGGAAACAAAGAGAUACGCUUAAUAUAAUUUGUAAAUAAUCACAUAAUAGAGAGCAUUACAUUUUUACGGUUAUUAAUUCGUUGUUGUUCAUGUUGUAAUGACAAUAUCAACAUCGUCGCAAUCUCGGAAUGACACAUUCAAAUUAACUGUAACUCUAUAAAACACUUAAUUUAUAUAGUAUCAACGAGUGUACGUUCAUGUAAACACAUAAUCAU